AUGAAGCUUCUGACUCAUGUUUUAGAUAUUAAGACCUUUGUUGACACUAAUUUAGGAAUGUGUGAAGAAACUGAGGUGCGCGAUGUGGUCGCGACCGUGGUAGAGGAUCGGAGGGCGGCCGGAUGCGGCCCGCGCGCGCCCGUCCGCCCGCCGCCUCCGUCACGUAGCGCCGCCAGCGCACGCGCCGCUCUGCGACUAUGCGCAUGGCAAGCGCCCUGGCCACUCUGCUCGCGGUGA